GUUAGAUUAUUGGUGUUGUUGACGUCGCGGUCGUAAGUUUUACAGGUUACAGGUAACGUUAGGUUGUCAUCAUGGAGUCCCGCUUUGCUACGCUGCGGCAGCGAGACAGCAGCGUGUCAAUGCUGAGGGUCAAAAUGUCUCGUAGGCUUUCGCAUAGUCAGAAGGAGAACAGGGGAAAGAUGGUUAAUUCUAGGAGGCAGAUUGAAAAGCUGUCUGAAAUGGACCAAAGCAGCAUAAUGGAUGCCUCAGCCGUGACACGAAACAUGUCAGUCAUUCAGGAGAAAUUUGACAACGUCUUGAAAACUGCGAAAACUGAGGCAGGACUGGAUAGACUUAAACAGCUGGAGCGCUGGAAGGAGAGGAAAACACUGGAGAAGGAGAAGAGUAAGAGGGAAAAGGAGCUAAAGGACGUCUUCAAGACUGGUGUGUACCAUCCAAAGGACACCUUCAACUGUGUGGCUCUGCCUCCGGUGCCGAAGAGCAAAGCAAGACCUAAAGAGGCUGUGGUCAACGUGAGCCUGCCCUCCAGAGUCACCCGGUCGGGGAAACGCCAGCCGCAGCCUCAGAAGUCUCUGCCGCCACAGAAAGAACCGGAAGUGGUCCCUGCUGUUAAAAAAGUGGAGCCUUCCGUGGGGCGGACCACCAGAAGCCGUGUGGCGGGAACACAACCUGCGCCGGCGUCUACCAGAGUUAAAGCCACAGUGGCGCCGGUGGGUCGAGCCAUGUCCACUAGAUCAGCCAGGGGCCCUCCUGUAGCCUCUGUACCCAAGGCUAAAGACAAGCACACCGCAGAUGCAAGCCUGAUCAAUGGAACACGGAAAAUUUUAAAGAAAGCUGAGGUUUUAUCUGGGAAAGCAAGUACAAAUAAAGUGACAUCUGAAGAGCAACCCAUUUUACCCAAGGAGUCUGAUCCAGGACAGGAGGCCGGCCCUCCUACCAACAUUCCCACUGAGGAGGAUGAGGAGAGGGUGUUGAAGGAUGUACAGGCUGGCCCACCUCCUGUUGAGGCCCCAGCUACCUUCGCCCCUCAGGGCUUUUUAUUCCAGGCUCCCGUGGGCCUGUCAAGCUUCAAGUUUGAGCCCCUCACUCCACGCUCUGCAGACUCCUUCCUCAGGCCCAGUCCCAGCUUUAAUUUCCCUCCGGUUCCCGCCUUUCACCUCGAGCCCCAGGCUGAGCAGAGCAGCUUCCUCCCCCUCCACUCCCCGCCUCGUACCUCUCCGGCCCUGGCCCCCCGGCCGGACCACAUCAGCCCCCAAGCGCCAGUGCACGAUGUGCCCUACUUCCGACUCCAAAUGGUGUUGGAGACUGAUAAGCUGACCGGCCUGUCAGCGCUCUGGGAGCCCAGGGUGCAGGACGAGACCAUCCCAGAAGAGAUGCGGAACAGCAUGCGCACGGUGGUGGGCCAGGCCAGGCUGCUCGUAAAGGAGCGUUUCGGCCAGUUCCGUGGACUGGUGGACGACUGCGAGCUGGGCCGAGGGGAGAGGAUCACCAGCUGCAUGGACCUGGAGGGCUUCUGGGAGAUGGUCUACUACCAGGUGGUGGAUGUAGAGAAAAAGUUUGCUGCCCUCAAGGAAGCGGAGGCCAAUAAUUGGGUGGAGGAACUGAAGCCUGCAGCACCCCGACCGAAAAAAGUGAUCAAGAAACCCCCCACCGCUGCCCCCUCGGCCCCCAAGCCAGCGGCAGCCAUCGCAGCGGGCAGGUCGCGCCUGGCCGCCGCGAAGGCCGCCAUGAAGGCCGCCAUGUUGGCAAAGAAGCAGGCCGCAGAGGCAGCCAGCGCCACCCAGUCCGCUGGGAACGCUGACGAGGUCGAGGAAGCCCUCCCACGAGAGGCCAAACCCCCGGCCGCCGAGCCCCUGGGGCCGGACACCGUGCUUUUCCACGGAGGCUUCUUCCAGGUGGAGAGCCCCGCCAAGCUGCCAGGCUCCACCAGGAAGUCCCUCCGUCUGAGUUGUGCUGUCCAGCCUCGAGUCUCCCCUCAGCACUUUAUGCUAAAAUGCGCCACCCCGACCAGAGCCACUAACUCCACCCCGACCAGAGCCACUAACUCCACCCCUGCCAGAGCCACUAACUCCACCCCUGCUAGAGCCACUAACUCCACCCCUGCUAGAGCCACUAACUCCACCCCUGCUAGAGCCACUAACUCCACCCCUGCUAGAGCCACAAACUGCUCCCCCACCCCUGCCAGAGACGCCAUCACCACCCCAGCCAAAGAUGACACCACCACCCAAGCCAGAGCCACCAGAGCCUCCUCCAGGGCCACUCCUGCGAGAGCCACCACCACCCCGGCCAGGGACAACGCCACCCCAGCCAGAGACACCACCACCACCCCUGCCAGAGAAACCCCAGCCAGAGCCACCAAAGCCACCCCUGCGAGAGCCUCCACCACCCCUGCGAGAGCCUCCACCACCCCUGCGAGAGCCUCCACCACCCCUGCGAGAGCCUCCACCACCCCUGCGAGAGCCUCCACCACCCCUGCGAGAGCCUCCACCACCCCUGCGAGAGCCUCCACCACCCCUGCGAGAGCCUCCACCACCCCUGCGAGAGCCUCCACCACCCCUGCGAGAGCCUCCACCACCCCUGCGAGAGCAACUACCACCCCUGCAAGAGCCACCCCUGGCAGAACCACCACCACCCCCGCCAGAGUCACCCGCAGAUCACAGUUCACCUCCUGCUCAACCCCCAGUGACAUACCCCCCUCCAGCCCGCCUGGGGUGCAGAGCCAAGACGAGCCCCUGGAAGCUAACGUUGUAGCGAGCGCACCGCAGACCCCAGCGAGCGCACCGCAGACCCCAGCGAGCGCACCGCAGACCCCAGCGAGCGCACCGCAGACCCCAGCGAGCGCACCGCAGACCCCAGCGAGCGCACCGCAGACCCCAGCGAGCGCACCGCCCUCUCCAGCGAGCCACGUCCUCGAGGCCCGCUCUCUGAGCUUCAGCCUCUCCCCCUGCUCAGGACACAGCACCCCAGGGGUGGCUACAGACCCCAGCCACCCUUCUCUCCCAUUCCUCCAAAAGAUCCACAUUGAGGGGCAGGAGUCUAUUUGCGACACUCCGGACAACUCUGUCCUUGAGAAUGUUCCUGGGCUGGACUUUGAGCGCUACCUCCGGCCCAGUGAGGGAUGCAGCCCGCCUCCCGGGCCCGUCGCCAUGGAGACGUUAUCGCCCAAGGCGGUGGCCAUGGAGAUGGGCAGUCCCAUGGCGGAGGACGGCUCCGGGGACCUGCUCCCUCAGGAGGAGGCUUUGUCGACCCCUGCAGGCCUGCACGCGGUGUCUUCCAAUCUCGCACCACACGACAAACAGGCCCAGCCAGACCUGCUCCUCUUCACCCCUGACCACCGGGACAGAAUACGGGCGUCCAUGUGUCCGAGGGACCUCAUGGUCUUUACUCCUCCCGAGGCAUGAGCGAAAAGUUAUUUUUAUGGGUGAUUUUAUAAUCUUUUUUCGUAUACCCAAAAUAUUUUAUUACUUAUUUGUUUCAAUAAAACAUCACAUCUGUGAACGGAGUGAUCAAUGGUCUAUAUUUAU